GUGGCUCUUCGUUUGAAUUUUGAGCUUUCAAGUUUUGAGUCCAAACUUCAAAGUUCAAACCAUUCAGCUGAUGCUCGUGGCAUUUUUGGUUUUAGAUGCGUGGAAAGCCAGUUGUCAUUGAGUGCAAGUUUGACGGAGAUCGACUUCAGCUUCACAAAGACGGGACAAAACUCUUGUACUUCUCGAGGAAUGGUAAUGACCAUCAGGAGUUUCAUCAUGGAACCAAGGAUGUUCUCAUUAAAAAUAUUAUUCCAGAAAAGUGCAUACUUGAUGGUGAGAUGUGUGUGUGGAGCACGUCUGAGAGCAAAUUUCUGCCAUUUGGAGCAAACCAAGAAGUUGCGAAGCAGCAUGUUGAGGAUCCAGAUAAGCAGUUGCCAGAAGUAGCUGCAUUGCACCCUGACCCGCAAGUGGCCGCACAUGUUCGUGUAUGUGACAAGUUGAUGCCACCCACACGUGUCCAAUCUUGCAACUUUACUGAUGUGGCAUUGAGUGUUGCUCCUGACAUGACCUUACCAGACUCCUUGAACUGCAAAUGCCGCAGGGCCUUUCCGCAUUGUUCAGAUCUUGUGGACGGCCAUGUUGUCUCUGUUGAUUACAAUAUCAUCUCAGACGAUAACCUUCGCAAGCUUUUUCAAGAAGGUUCUAAAUAUCGUUUGAACGGGGAGACUGCUGAUGUGCUCCAAGCACUGGCAAUCGGACUCGAUGAGUACAAUGCCAGUUACAAGAAUACAUUUGCUAGACACUCUCGACGUGCUUCUUUCUCGUCCCUUUCUCAGAAAUUGCACAGCUGGCGUUCUGCAAUCCUUGGGCAUUGUCAAUCCAAUGCGACUUCGCUGUUGAUGAAGCUCAUGCUUAUGCUCUUCAGCAUACCCGCAUGCAUUCGCGCUGCAGAGCCUUGAACAUGUUCAUUCGCGGGCCUUGCUCUGGCCAAUGGACAACCGAUUCAGGACCAGACAGCCUUUCCGUUUCUCAGAUUCUCCAACAUCUUCGCUUUGUUGUAGAAAACGCUUUUCUGUACACUAGAGAUGGCACUCUUCGAAAGCAAAUCAUUGGUAUUCCAAUGGGAACAAAUGCUAGCCCAGAAA